UCAAAAAAAUACCGAAAAGGAAGAUUGUGUUUGGAGAUUAUGGCCGAGGCUCCGCUCCCCGACGCGCUCCCGGACUUGGACGUGGCCAUCGACCCGGACUUCGAGCCUCAAAAGCGGCCCCGAUCCUGCACUUGGCCGCUUCCACGGCCGGACUCUGGUGCGGUGAAGCCGGAGAGCAACGACAUUAUCCCGGAGGAGGAGGAUGACGAGGAGGAUGCUACUACCCCCAGCGCGCGCGUCAAUGGCUGCGUGGCGGCCGCGGAGGACCAGAGCAGCAACAGCCCCGUCGGGGAUGGAGCGCUGGCCUCCCCCGGUCAGGAGAGCGGAGGCUCGCCGCUCUCCUCGCACUCCCCGGCGGCCGCGCUGACUCCCAGCGGCUUGGCUGCGGCGCAGACCCCGAGGAAGACCUCCUCCCGCCGCAACGCCUGGGGGAACCUCUCCUACGCCGACCUGAUCACCCAGGCCAUCGAGAGCUCGCCCGAGAAGAGGCUGACUCUGUCCCAGAUUUACGACUGGAUGGUGAGAUCCAUCCCUUACUUCAAGGACAAAGGCGACAGCAACAGCUCUGCGGGAUGGAAGAACUCCAUCCGCCACAACCUUUCCCUCCACAGCCGGUUCAUUCGUGUCCAGAAUGAAGGGACAGGAAAGAGUUCCUGGUGGAUGAUCAAUCCAGAAGGAGGAAAAGGCGGCAAGGCUCCGAGACGUCGUGCCGUCUCCAUGGACAAUAGCAACAAGUACACCAAGUCGGCCCGCGGUCGUGCUGCUAAGAAGAAAGCUGCUCUACAGGCGGCCGCUGCCGCGGCAGGUGAAGGUGGCGGAGACAGUCCUUCAGGUCUCUCCAGGUGGCCUGGUAGUCCAACAUCCCACAGCACAGAGGACCUGGACUCUGGAUGGACAGACUUCCGAUCUCGCACCAACUCCAAUGCCAGCACUGUUAGUGGCCGCCUCUCGCCCAUUUUGGCCAACACUGAACUUGGCGAAGUGCUGGACGAUGAGGCUCCUCUCUCGCCCAUGAUCUACUCCAGUCCUGGCAGGGCACUGUCUCCGGGGAAUGCCAUGUCCAACGGGAAAGCAGCGCCGGCUGAGCUGCCUCGCCUGGCAGACCUGACGGGUACGAUGAACUUGAACGAUGGAAUCACAGAUGAACUGAUGGAUGACUUGCUCGACAACAUCAAGUUGGUACCACCCUCCACCAGCCAGAACCUCCAAAAUGGCUUCACUUUUGGGUCCAAACCCAAUGGAAUAAGCUUACCUUCCUCCACGUCCUGUCCAUCCUCCAACUCUUCCUCUAAUGGUGGAAAUAAUGGUUUCAGUAACUCCAUCUUUGGCUCCCAAGCAAUAGGGUCCCUGCGCUCUUCCCCGAUGCAGACCAUCCAGGAGAACAAACAAACGUCUUUCACCAGCAUCAGCAUGUCCGGCUUUGGCACCAAAACUCUGCAAGACCUGCUUAACUCUGGUAGUCACAACCACAGUGAUGUGAUGAUGACCCAGUCUGACCCUUUGAUGUCGCAAGCCAGCUCAGCUGCCGUCAAUUCCCAAAACUCGCGCCGAGGCCUGAUCCUCCGCAAUGAUCCUGUGAUGACGUUUGGGACCGGCGGAGGUAUUCAAGGCAGUCAGAGGGACGUGUUACAAACUAACAACCAAAACCAGAGCUCCGUGAGGUCAAUAAAUGGUGGUCUGAACCUAGCCAACGAGGCUAACACACUGGCUAACGCUAAGCAGCAGCUCCUGCUCUCACCGUUGGGAGGGAAUGGUUCGUCCACCAUGCAGAUCGACCCCUCCAUCUUUCUCAACGGUACCAUCAGCAGCAGCAGCGGAGGAGGGGUUUCUCAGGACCGCUUCCCCACAGACCUGGACCUGGACAUAUUCAAUGGCAGCCUGGAGUGUGACAUGGACUCCAUCAUCCGAAAUGACCUGAUGGACGCGGACGGCCUGGAUUUUAACUUUGACUCUCUGAUGAACAUGAACGGAGUCAGCAACUUCACGAGCACCAAGCAGAGCUCUCAGAGCUGGGUACCCGGCUGAGAAUGGAGCAGCAGAUUUGGUAUGAUGUUUCACCCGUUUGGUCCGUGAGAAGAUCAGACAGCAUCCUUUUGCCAAACCUGCCAUCAGCACAAUGUAAAAUACAAACCCUGUGUUUACAGACGAAGACUUCCUCUCACGAGCUUUACCUUCGCUCCCGUUCUGGUCAGUCACGAACGAUCCGAGGUGCUGCACGAUCCCUCGAACCGUCCUUUGAAACAACAUCACGAAGCUAGACGAAACAAUCACAAGAAAACCCACAAAAAAAAAGAAUUAUGCAACUUUCUUUUUGACAUUUGGCCUGUCGAUGUAAAGUAAAAUCUCAGAACUUCAAGGAGCAAAGACGGACGCUGUUUCUUCAGCUGAAGGUGAAAAGGAGACAAAAGUCAAGAUUUUAUGUACAUCUGAUCCAGUGGUUACCUUGAGUGUGUUAAUGAUGAAAAAGACAAAAAAUCCUUCUGUUGUUUGUGAUUUUUAAAUGUUCAGUGUUUGCUUUUUUGGGGGUUUUCUGUUUUUUCUGGAUCAUACCUGUCUGUAUAAAAAGAUUUUUGGUGACAUGAAGAGACGAAAAAGGAUACACUUGCAUACACGAAAGCGGACAACACUGACACUUUGCAAACCUCAAAAAAGUAAAAAAAUUCCUCAUUUUACGCCAUGCACUUACUGUUUUCUCCUUGUAUAUUGCUUGAAUUUAAACUACCAGCAGCACACAGAGGCUUUUAUGACGAAUAACCGAAUAUUGCAACACAUCUGUACAUUAAAGUGUACAAAAAGAAGGAGAAUAAUCGUUUUUUUUUUAGUUAUGUUGGGGUCAUUUACCAUGUAGCCAAAAUCAAUACCUGUUUUCUUGGGUUGUGAGCUUUUUCACGCCAACAGGUGCUAUAUAAACAGUGUUUUUAAUCCAGUCCUGAGAGAAAGCCGUGCUCGUCAGAGCCACAUGUAGCGCGGCAAAAGUCGUAAGACGACGGAGGGAUGAGAGCGGGGGUCGUUUUUUUUUUGUUUUUUUUUUUCUUUUUUUGACGGCUCAUUCCUCUAGAAGCCAUUCGUUUCUCUUGUAAAACAAUAAGCUAUUUCUGUAUAUUGCCAAAUUACUUGAAACAAACAGUAGGAUAUGCUGGCAGCCAAAUCACACAUGCACACACGUUAUUACACAAACGCAGAUAGAAAAAAAAAUAAAAAUACAGCAGGGAUCUGCGUUUGGCUCUUCUUGUUAUGAGGCUUGUUAAGCAUAUACAGAAUCACUCAGGGGGGGAGGGGGAAGGGAGGCUUCUCGUUUAAAAAAAAAAAAAAUAUUCUG